CCAUCUUGGAUCUAGCAAUCAAGCAAACAACCCUUACUUUAUAGAUGGGAGGGAGGACUUUAACCGAAUUUGAGUCUUUCGGGGUACCAGCACCAUCGGAAAGCGAGGCCGUGGGAUGGGAGGGAGGACUUUAACCGAAUUUGAGUCUUUCGGGGUACCAGCACCAUCGGAAAGCGGUGCAGUGCGCGUCGGAAGCCGAAAAUCAACAGGAACCCAAGCCGCGAAAACUGUCUGCAAAUCUGAGACAGGUUUUACGUGAACUCCCCCCCCCAUUUCCUUGUCUAAACGUUCUGUGAAUUUGGUGAGGGCCUGUGAACUAUUGGAACACCGUUUGAGCUUUACGAUAGAUUUGUUCCCGAAAAACGGAUUGUUACAUUUUGGAGCUCGGGGUUAUGGUUUGUUUUUGGACAACUUUUUUGGGGGAAUUGUCUUUGUCGCAAUCUGUCCCACCGGUGUACGGUGCGUUCUGUACAGUAGUGCGGUUCGAUAAUUUACUUAAUGAGUCUGUGCUAUAGACAUCUUCCGGCGCAUGUUUUGCUGAACUUGGCUUCGGCGUUGCGUUAAUGUGGGCGAACGAAUGAAUCCAUGUUCUUCAAUAUCCGUUCUAGACCUGCUUUCCUCUCGUUAGACUAAGGUGCAGCAAAAGCAAAAAGGAGACGCAGAACCACUUCGGGGAUCAAGACAUUAAAAUGACAACCAGAACGCCACUACCUACUGUCAAUGAGCGUGACACUGAAAAUCACACCUCACACACCGAUGGGCGCAACGAGGUCACCCCGCGACCCGGCCGCUUGGGCUCCCGCUGCCGGAACUCCAUCGCCUCGUGUGUUGACGAGCAGCCGCACAUCGGCAACUACCGACUGCUCAAGACCAUCGGCAAGGGCAACUUCGCCAAGGUCAAGCUGGCGCGCCACAUCCUCACGGGCCGAGAGGUUGCCAUUAAAAUCAUCGACAAGACACAACUGAAUCCUACCAGUCUUCAAAAGCUCUUCAGAGAAGUCCGAAUAAUGAAGAUUCUAAACCAUCCAAACAUUGUGAAACUGUUUGAGGUGAUAGAGACUGAGAAAACUCUCUACCUGGUGAUGGAAUAUGCCAGUGGAGGGGAGGUCUUUGACUACCUCGUAGCUCACGGGAGGAUGAAGGAGAAGGAAGCCAGGGCUAAAUUUAGACAGAUUGUGUCAGCUGUGCAGUACUGCCAUCAGAAAAAGAUUGUACACAGAGACCUGAAGGCUGAGAACCUACUCCUGGACGCUGACAUGAACAUCAAGAUUGCAGACUUUGGCUUUAGUAACGAGUUCACCAUGGGCAGUAAGCUGGACACGUUCUGCGGCUCCCCGCCCUACGCCGCCCCGGAGCUGUUCCAGGGGAAGAAGUAUGACGGGCCUGAGGUGGACGUCUGGAGCCUGGGGGUCAUACUGUACACGCUUGUGUCAGGGUCACUGCCCUUCGACGGUCAGAACCUGAAGGAGCUGAGAGAGCGUGUUCUAAGGGGUAAAUACCGUAUCCCUUUCUACAUGUCCACCGACUGCGAAAACCUCCUCAAGCGCUUCCUGGUGCUCAACCCAUCCAAGCGCGGCACACUUGAGGUGAGGGAGGAUGCCCAAAAUCAAAUCAUGAAGGACCGGUGGAUAAAUGCGGGCCUCGAGGAGGAUGAACUGAAGCCAUUCAUGGAGCCAGAACAGGACAUCACGGACCAGAAGAGAAUAGACAUCAUGGUGGAGAUGGGCUACACUCGGGAGGAGGUCAGUGAGUCUUUAACCAGGAUGAAGUAUGAUGAGAUCACCGCCACCUACCUGCUACUGGGCAGGAAGUCCACAGAGUUGGAGGCCAGUGACUCCAGCUGUAUCAGUAACCUGUCUCUUCCCAAGGUGCGACCCGCCAGCGAGCACAACAACGGCCAGUCUCCAGCCCACCUCAAGGCCCAGCGGUCCAUCUCCAGCACCCAGAAACAGAGACGUUACAGCGACCAGGCUGGUCCGUCCAUCCCCUCAGUGGGCUACCCCAAGAGGAGCCAGACCACAUCGGCCGACAACAGCGACCACAAAGAGGAAGGGGGUGCCCAGCCCCGGAAGUCUGGUUCGUCGGGCGGGCGCGUUGGCGGCGUUGCCCCUGCCAGUCCCCUACUGGGUAACGCCAACAACCCCAACAAGGCCAACAUCCCUGACCGCAAGAAAGGCUCAACCACACCCACCACUAACUCAACAUCAGGGGGCAUGACGAGGAGGAACACGUAUGUGUGUAGUGACAGGAACGCCUCGGACCGCCACUCCGCCGUCAUCCAGAAUGGAAAAGAGAACAGCAUGAGUGAAAUGUCGGCGGCCUGUACCACUAGCCCCGCUGCAUACGCCAAGGCCCUCACCGCCUCCUCGGCCUCAGUCCACCUGCGCCACCAGAAGGCCGCGUCCCUCUCGGCUUCGGGCCACACAUGCCGCCAAACGCUGCCGCCUACCGACGGCGACUUCUUCAGGCCUAACACGACGUCCAGCCAACGGAACCCCGGCGGCGCCUCCACCCACAGCAUCAGCAGCGGUACCACGCCCCCCGACCGGCUGCAUUUCCCCCGCGGCACGGCCAGCCGCAGCACCUUCCACGGCGGCCAGCUGCGGGAGCGCCGCACGGCCACCUACAAUGGCCCGCCUGCCUCGCCCACGCUCUCGCAUGACGCCACGCUCCUCUCGCAGUCCCGCAGCCGUGGCUCCACCAACCUCUUCACCAAGCUCACCUCCAAGCUCACACGCAGAGGCCCAGCAGAGUUUGAGAGAAACGGGAGGUUGGAUGGCUCAAGUCGCAACGUGUCAGGUGAUCAGGAGGACCAGCAGCAGCCUCAGCCCCCCCAUGGCCAACACCCCAAGGACACCAAGCCACGCUCCCUCCGCUUCACCUGGAGCAUGAAGACCACAUCAUCCAUGGAGCCCCACGACAUGAUGCGCGAGAUACGCAAGGUGCUGGACGCCAACAACUGCGACUAUGAGCAGCGCGAGCGCUUCCUGCUGCUGUGCGUGCACGGCGACGGCCACGCCGAGAGCCUGGUCCAGUGGGAGAUGGAGGUGUGCAAGCUGCCGCGACUCUCGCUCAACGGUGUGCGCUUCAAGCGGAUCUCGGGCACAUCCAUCGCCUUCAAGAACAUUGCGUCCAAAAUCGCCAACGAGCUCAAGUUGUAGGGCCUCCUAAAGAUAUGAGGGGUGAAAAAGUGUUGAGCGAGCAGGUAAAAUAUUGCGAUUCGAAAUGGUCUAAAGCAGGGGUAUUCAACUCUUACCCUAUGAGGUCUGGAGCCUGCUGGCUUUUCUCUUCUACCUGAUGAUAAAUAAUUGCACCCACCUGGUGUCCCAGGUCUAAAUCAGUCCCUGAUUAGAGGGGAAUAAUGAAAAAAUGCAGUGGAACUGGCUUCGAGGUCCAGAGUUGAAUUUGUGGGGACUAAAGUAACAUAACGUGGGGAAAGAAAGCGCUUCGAAAUGGACUUGUCAAGUCAAAUCUGAACGAGCUGGACAGUCGUUAUAAAAAACUUAAGUUGCAGAUUCACAACGGUUUUCCUCCAAGACACUUACGAAGUAUGUAUUGAAAACUAUGUAUAGCUUUAGGCAAUAAUUUCCUGUGUCUUUGGAGCAUUAUUAUUACUAUUACUAUUAUUAUUAUUGAUGAUGAUGUGAAAGGUGGUCUUGAGCUGUUGGGACAUUGGUCUAACAUUGACAUUUAGUUUUUGUCUUGUUUUGUUGUUGAAUGCACUACUGCAUUAUUGCCUUUGUGGCUCUGGAACAGGGCUCUCCAACCCUGGUCCUGGAGAGCUACCAUCCUGUAGGUUUUCGCUCCAAUCCUAAUCUACUGCACCUGAUUCUUUUAAUUAGCUGGUUGAUAAGCUAAAUCAGGUUAGUUACAACCGGGGUUGGAUUCAAACCUACUGAAGGGGAGCUCUCCAGGAACAGGGUUGGAGAGCCCUGCUCUGGAAGAUGCCUCCCCAUUGGGAGUUUAAACUCUCAUACAAGGGAGGGAGAGGAGUGGAGGAAGAACAUAAAAACGGACCCCUUCCUCUUGCCAAGAGAAUAUGGCUGCCAGAUAUGAGUGGUUGGAUAGCCUAGCUAAUUGCACAACAAGUUACGGUAUUAUCGUUAUCAUUGUCAAAUACUGUUGAUUUUGGCAGUCGAUUGCGCUCUCUCUCCUUACUAAGCCAGCCUCUACACACUUGCACACACACACACACACACUCUCAUUCUAUGAUUUGAACCCGUUGUUCAUCAGCGUUUAUCCGUGUGGGUUACCAAGUUAUCUGUACGGGGUCACCCAACCCUGAGAAGAGGGCAUUGAAGGCGACACACUUUGGUAUACCCCCGCUUCAUAAUGGGGGACUGUUGCAAAGUAUCAUGGGACUUUGAGUCAUUCACUACAAAAAAAAGAGACUUCAGAGAAAUAAGGAAGAUUUUCCUUCCUGGUGUAUCUGAAUAUUUAGUUGUUUUUCCUUUUGUUACAAUUUUUUUUUAAACAGUUCUCUUCUCGGAUAUUACUGAAAUGCCCCCUUCUAUCUGGUCCCACCCACCCGGACCGGUUCAGAUGCGGUCGGCCAUUCCCGGGACACAUAAGAUCAAAGUUCAAACAUGGCCGUAUUCAGGCCUUCAGUAUUCACUCCCACCCUCCUAAAAACGCUGGCACUGUAUUUUUUUGUGGGGAAUGUAAAUAAUAUACCUUAGUUUUACAACAGCUGCAUAUUGAUAUACUUCCUCGUUUUUUUAUUUUCUAAGUCCGGACUAUGAGCCCGGAACUGUGUAAUUAAUGUUAACUCAUUCAUCACCGGGUAAGUUUAACCAGUGUCUCCAUUAAAAUACCUUAAGUGACUA